CCGACUACGUGUGUGUACUUGCCACGUUUGCGUGGUGACUGAAACAGGCGUACGUCUAUUUUUGAAUUCUGUCGCGUUGGGGGAGGAUUAAGGACAAUAACUCAGCAUGGAGUUUUGGCAAUAUUUACUCCUUAUUAGCAGCAUAUUUCUAGUUUCCAUCGAUGCUCUUAGUUUUCACCUGCCUAUUAACCAGAAGAAGUGCCUGAAAGAAGAGAUACACAAAAAUGUGCUGGUGACAGGAAUUUACGAUCUCACAGAAGCACCGGGACAGAGGACCAAGUUAGUUGUUGUAGAUUCCAGAGGUCACAUAUUGUAUCAGAAAGAUGAUGCAUCUAAGGGUAAAUUUGCCUUCACCACUGAAGACUAUGACAUGUUUGAAGUAUGUUUUGAAACUAAACUACCAAUGGGUACACAUGCCCCUGACAGAGAAGUUACUAUUGAUGUCAAAACUGGUGUAGAAGCCAAGAAUUAUGAAGCACUUGCUAAAGCAGAGAAACUCAAACCAUUGGAAGUGGAACUGAGAAAAUUAGAAGAUCUUUCAGAAGCCAUUGUUAAUGACUUUGCCUACAUGAGAGCUAGAGAAGAGGAAAUGAGAGAUACUAAUGAAUCCACCCAUUCAAGAGUUUUGUACUUCAGUAUUUUCUCCAUGUGCUGUCUCCUAGGCCUUGCUUCAUGGCAAGUUUUAUACCUUAGAAGAUAUUUCAAGGCCAAGAAGCUCAUUGAAUAGAGGCUAUGCAAGACUAGUUUUAAAAAUUAAACCUGGAUUUGUGGCAGCUGAUCAAAUAAGUUUAUUUUUUCGACCAAGAGAGUUGGCCAUGUAUUUAUUAUUCUCUUUUCAGAAUUAAAAAAAUAUAUAUACAAGGUGGGGUUUGGUUUUUACUAGAUGUUGAAGAAUUAGUACAAUAGAUUGUUUGAAAUUGUUUCUAAGUGAUGACUGCCACAUAUCCAGCCAUAUUUGUAUGCCAAGAUGUAUUUGGGUGAAUAUCAAAAAUAUUGUUUAGAAAUCUAAAUUGGAACAUUGAGUUUGGAUUGUAAAAUGCCACAUCAACAUAGUUGGUAUUUGCAGGUAUAUAAUGCGAAAAUGCAGAUAACAGAUUUUUGUGAUGAAGGUUAUUGUUAAAAGGCAUUGCACAGUUGUAAAUAUUUGUGCUCAAAAUUUUGAUAACAGUUCAGACAUUUAUAAACGUGCAUUGUUAUAUACUUAGUUUCUGUACAAUUAUUGAUAUGAUUUUGUUCAUUUACAACAAAAUGUACCUAGUUUUUUUAUAAAUGCUAGUGUAUAUUACCUGUAGAUAGAUUUUACAUCUUUAGUUUGGAAUGAUUCUUAAUGUUCUAAUAAUUAGUUCAGCUAGAGAAAAAAGAAAAAAAAAAUGGACAGUUAAAUGACUUGUGUUAGUCAAUAGAUAUAGAAUGAGUUCGAUGUUUCAUUUCUAUUUUUCAUGUUAUCCCAAAAAUAAUUUAAUUGGUAUUUUCAUUUAUUUAUUUGGUUUUUAAUUAAUUAAAUAAAGUGUUUUUAAUGUUUUUUUUUUUUAAUAGAAGAUACUAAAUAUUUUUUAUGUCCAGUACAUAUAGUUUAUCAUCGUCAGGUGUCAGUAAAAAAAUCCUAUCGGUCAGAACGCUGUAGAAUGUUUUCUUGUCCCAUUUUGUUCGUGAUUUGUAAAUAAUAACAAUUCCAUUUGCGUCUCUUUCACUUGCUUUAUCUCUAAAUUUAACACAGACGAAAGGCUAGAAAAUAAAAAAGAUUUUUUACAUGGUA